CCAAAGUAGCCGAGAAGCAAACAGGGCAUGCUGGGAUGCACAUAGAAUCUGCAAACACCUCUGACCAUACUGGAGACGGAGGGGAAUCUGAGGGCGAUGAAAAGCUUGAAGUUUCGGGUGCCAACGUGUUUAGCCAUUUGGACGAUGAGCCUCAGUAUCAGAUAUCAAAUCGAGACAAGGUGAUUACAUCGUUCAUUGCCGGAGCUCUAGCUGGAUCUCUUGCCAAGACAACCAUAGCCCCACUAGACCGCACAAAGAUUAAUUUUCAGAUCCACAAUGAGCAGUUCUCUUUUCCCAAGGCAGUCAGGUUCCUGGUCAAUAGCUACAAGCAGGACGGCCUGCUCAGCUGGUGGAGGGGCAACUCGGCCACCAUGGCUCGGGUGGUCCCCUUCGCGGCAUUUCAGUACACGGCCCACGAGCAGUGGAAGAUCCUCCUGAGGGUCGACACAAACGAGCGGAGGAGGAAGAGUCACUUCAAGACAUUCCUCUCUGGAUCCCUCGCCGGGUGCACUGCAUCCGCGCUCACCUAUCCUCUAGAUGUCGCACGGGCAAGGAUGGCUGUCUCAAAGCACGAGAGGUAUCGCAACAUUGUUCAUGUGUUCCACGAAAUCUUUCACAAAGAAGGUGCCCUGAAGCUAUACCGGGGAUUUGCACCCACCAUGCUGGGUGUCAUUCCUUAUGCCGGCACAAGCUUCUUCACGUAUGAAACUCUCAAGAGGCUAAGAGCAGAGAGCACGGGCUCUUCGGAGCUGCACCCGGCUGAAAGGCUCGUGUUUGGGGCCCUGGGGGGCCUCAUCGGCCAGUCGAGCUCCUACCCGCUGGACAUAGUGCGGCGGCGGAUGCAGACGGCGCCGCUGACCGGCCACGCGUACACCAGCAUCUGGGGCACCCUCCGGUCGGUCUACCUCGAGGAGGGCCUCGUCGGGGGCCUCUACAAGGGCCUCAGCAUGAACUGGGUCAAGGGCCCUAUCGCAGUCGGCAUCAGCUUCAUGACCUUCGACAUCUCCCAGCAAGCCCUGAGGAAGGUCAUUGUUGUCUCCGGCGGGUCCGAGCACGCGCCCGCGCCCGUGAGAGACUAAAGCUUGCACGGCGACAGACAGUCGCUGGGUCGUGUUCAACGGGCCUCCUGGAAACGCUGCUCCAUAAGGGUUGCAUCGUCCGUUUUCGAAACUCGGAAAGGGAAGAGCGGUGGCCUCCGUCCGCAGAGCAUGCGCACGCAUUGAUGUGCCAGACAGUUGCUCGGUCGUGUCCGGCGCGACGCCACUGCACUGAGAAAGUGACCUUUUUUGAUUGGUAACGCAGAAAGACUAGAGCAGUGGCAUUGAACGCGUAAUGCACCGAACAAUCCCUCGGUCGAUCGGGUCUGCGGCGACUCUAAAGAUUCCUUCCGGAAUGCCACGUCGCCGCACAUACAAACUGUGUCCCAUUUAUCACUUUUUUUUUUUUUUUUGUUGGGGUGACGUACAGCAGAAUCCCCCUCGAGGUGGUCGUGAACCUAUGAGGCAAGGCGUCCGUCGUUUGACAGCGAGGGGGACUCGGAGGCGUUGCACAUCCACCUCUCCGAGCAGCUUCUCUUCUAGUCAGUAACGGUGAGAAAAGGGAUUGCGGUACGGGGAGGUUUACUCGAGGGGGCUUUGCCGUAUUAUGUAAUUGUAGAUAAUCGGAGGAAAUUAUUUUCUAGAUGGAUCGUUAGACGUAUAUUCUUUGGUUAAUAAAAAAAGUGAUUAUGAACCUGUG